AUGCAGAAACUGAAAGCGAUGGGCAUGGAACUAGAAACUGAUUGGAAUCUAGAGAAGAACACUGCAUAUGAGAGCAAAGAUGAGGUUUGGGAAAUGCAACAACAGAAAAUGAACUAUGUUAACUCCCGGGAUGACUUUCACGUCGAUCUGGAAUUGGCUUUGCUAGCAAGGAAUAUGUCACAAGCAUCCUACUGCUCAGCUGACUAUCAGAGAGCAUGGAAUACUACAUUAUGUACGAGCACACUACCG